AUGAAAUACUCCCUUCUGAUCUGCCUUGCUGCCCUUGUUGGCUCCUCCGUUGCUCUUCCCACUGGAAGCGAUGAUGUCCACACCGAGGGCUAUGUCGGUGCCGGGGGGGUUGCAAUCCUGAAUGGCAUUGACAUUCCGGCCUCCAAGCGGGAUGACGUCCAUCCUGAAGGCUAUACAGGUGCUGGGGGUGUUGCCAUCCUGAAUGGCGUGGACCUUCCGGCUUCUAAACGGGAUCAAGUGGAUACCCAGGGAUACACCGGUGCUGGAGGUGUUGCUAUCCUCAAUGGUAUUGACCUUUCAGCCGAGGAGUAG